GUAUCUCCUUCUUAUGGAGAACAUCCCACAGGGAAUCUGUGCGAUGAUCUUCUUGCGCUACGAGGGUGGUUCGCUCGUCGUGACCGUCUUGAGCCUGGCCAUUCCCGCAGUGCAGAUUGGGCUCACCCUCUUGCUCUACAGCAGGGUCCGUGCAGAGGUUGCUCCCUACUUCGGCCGAAGGCUUCGAGCGCUGGUUUCGGCCGGGGACCAGCUGAUGGCGCAGCGCCUCUGGCGGGAGGCAGACUUCGAAUUCGACAAAGAGCUCUUCAAGCAAGCCCUCCCGUUCAUGCGCAGCAAGGAGAUCGGGGCGGAGCGAUACGAUGACAUCAUACAGCUCUGGAAGGAGAGAUGGAGCUUUAGCAACCUCGGUCUGAUGGAGGAGCAGCCUUCCCUGGAGGCCUUCUGUGACGGGUUUGCAGAUGCCCAAUGGCAGUGGCUGGCCAUGGACCUCUCACACAACAAGCUGCGCGAUGCAGGGGCGAAGACCCUGGCCACUGCUGUCUCCAGCCUCAAGCAGAUUCAGGACAUGUCCCUGAAUCUAGAGAUGUCCGACCUGGGCAUGGAGGGUGCCGGUGCUCUCGCCAGCGCCAUCGGCAUCCUGGAGAACAUGCAGAAGCUCAGUGUGAACCUGAAGAGCAACAAGCUGGGCGAUGUGGGGGCGAGAGCCUUGGCCACGGCAGUCUCAAAGCUCAAGAAGAUGGAGGAUUUGUCUGUGAACGUCGAGAUGUCCGACCUUGGCGAGGAGGGCGCCCUCUCCUUGCUGGAGGCCCUCCGAGCCACCCGCCCCGCAGCGAGCCAGCUAGAGCUGGGUGGCUGCGCCAUCGGAAAGGGUGCUGUCGCACUGGCCAGGGCCCUCCGUUCCGGGGAGGUCAGUUGCCGCGUGACACACCCGGUGGUGGAGAUGUUGCUCCGCGAGGGGUUCAAGGACGAAGAGGCGGGCAAGCUCGAGCUGGGCCUGAGCAGCAAGGAAGACCUCGGCCCGCUCUGCCAAGCGCUGCCACUGCUCCGUCUGCGGGAAGUCGAGCUCGGCCUCGCAGACCUCGAACUGGGCGAGGAGGGCGCCCUUUCCUUGCUGGAGGCCCUCCGAGCCACCCGCCCCGCAGCGACCCAGCUGGAUCUGGGGGACUGCGACAUCGGAAAGGGUGCCGUCGCGCUGGCCAGGGCCGAGGUGCGAGGCCAUGUCGCCCACCCGGUCGUGGAGUUUUUGGUCAAGUUGGAGGACGACGAGUUCAAAGAGCUCGAGGAGGAGCGGAGGCUCGAGCUCGAUCUCACCGGCCCCGGCCUCGGCUCCCGGCACGGUGUCGGGCUCGCCCUCGGCUCCCGCCUCAAUCUCUACGGCAGCGACGAGCGGUGGUUCCGGCGCCUCUUCGAGCCGCUGUGCCGAGCCCUGCAAGCGCAGCUCCUCCCACAGCUCCGAGAGCUGCUGCUCGGGCUCGGCGACCUCGGCGACGCCUUCGGCGAUGACCAGGCCCGGGCCCUGGCCCCUGGCCUCCAGCAGCAAAAGGAGCUGCAGCGGCUGGUGUUGGAUCUGUACCGCACCUCCCUGGGUGAUGCAGGCGCUACUGCAGUGGUGGAGAGCGUGCGGCAGUUGCCGCAGCUCACCAAACUCACGGUUGAUCUGGAAAACAACAAGCUCAGCGAGAAGGAGCAGAAGAAGCUCCGAGCCGCCUUCCAUGCACUGCCGGUGGCCGAGAAGAGGAUCCGCCUGUGA